AUGCAUCUCUACUUAGAUGCUGUAUUUAGACCGCUUGCUAUUAAACCUAACACUCAUCAUUUAAAACAAGAGGGCUGGAGAUAUGAAGCUGUACCCAAGGCAUCCGCCUCUACUACGGGAUCGGGAUCGUCUCCUUCAGAAUCGGGAUCGUCUCCUUCGGGAUCGGGAUCGUCUCCUUCGGGAUCGGGAUCGUCUCCAUCUGAGGUUGAUUGCAAGGUGUAUCCUGAGGCUUGCGAAUUAAAAUAUGCUGGUAUUGUCUUUAGUGAGAUGAAGGGGGUCUUCUCAAGCCCCGAGUUAUUAGAAGAACAGAGAAGGUUUCAAGAGCUGUUCCCUGAUGUAUCGACGUACAGAGAGGUUGCGGGAGGAGACCCGGAGGCGAUCCCUCAGCUAACGAUCCCUCUUCUGGCGGACUUUCAUAAAAAAUAUUAUGCACCUUCAAACGCUUGGGUCGUUCUCUACGGCCCUGACCCUGUUCAAGAGCGCCUCUCUCUUAUAGAUGAUUAUCUUACUCGACAUGGUUUAGGAGCUUAUAAACCCCCCCCAGUUGUCAUAGAAGAACAGCCCGAGGAUGAGGGUGUGUUGAUUGGAUGUUGUGUUUUGGAUGUUGUGUUUCCGGUGUACGCUGAGCAUCGCUAUGCGUCUUCGGCAUCAGAAUUAAAAGACUGGGUGACGAUUAGCUGGGUAUUGAACCCGCGCGAGGCGGUGGCAUCAGCUUGCAAGUUGUUCGGGGAAGAGGAGCGUCUGCUGUUUCGUAUCCUUCACUCUCUCUUAACCGGUACUAAGACAAGCCCCCUAUACAAAGCAUUAGCAGACAGCAACUUAGGGGGCCCCGUGCAUGCGCCUGGGCUAGACCUAGACCCCAAGCAGGCUGUCUACACCGUCGGUCUCAAGGAGGUGCCGCAGCGAGAGGGUGCUGCUGCUGCAGUAGAGAGAGUUGUGAUGGAGACUCUUGAGCAGAUUGUAGACAAAGGUUUCACGCCUUUACAGCUCGCAGCUGCGCUCAACAAGACAGAGUUUUCGCUCAGAGAAUGUCCUCGAAAAAGUCUGCCCAGGGGUCUUGUAUUUACGCGGCAAAUGUCCCAAGAGAUUACCUUUGGAAAGGAUGCGAUGAACGCUCUUCGAUUCGAAGACACAUUAUGGAGACUCCGUCAGCGCCUUGCAGCGGGAGAGAAAGUCUUCGAGAAGCUAAUUAAAAAACAUCUUUUACAAAACACUCACCGACUGACGCUGCGUCUGAAGGCGAGCAGAGAAGUAGCAGAGGAGACAGCAGAAAAAGAGAGACGUGCACUUGCUGCUGCAGCGCAGCAAAUGGGUCUUGAAGGGAUUGCUGCUGUAGCGAGGGAGCAAGAAGAGCUUAAGCUGCUGCAGACAAACCCUGCAUCUCCUGAGGCCUUGGCGUCGCUUCCGAGUCUUCAGAGAGAAGAUAUCAAACCAGAGGGAGAGGAGAUAGGGGCGUCUCUGUCUCCUUUGUUGGGUUCAGUGCCUCUGGUUACUCACGAACUACCUUCUUCUUCUCUAGUGUAUGUGCAGGUUGCUUUGUCUUUAAGCGAUUUAUCUCUUGCAGAUAUAUUUUAUCUUCCUUUGCUCGCGCGUAUGAUGGUAGAGACAGGCACACGCGAGCUGUCUCCUGACGUCAUGCUGCCUUUAGUUGAUAAGACUGCAGGAGGUGUCUCCGCUUCGGCUGUCUUCACACCUCGCCCUGAUAAACCUUUUACUGUUCCUCAUCCCUAUGCUGCUCGCGGCUUCUUAUUCGUCUCUGGGAAG